AUGUCUCAAGGUAGAAAGGCCGCGGAAAGACUUGCCGGCAAAACCAUUUUCAUUACUGGUGCAUCUGCCGGUAUUGGACAAGCCACAGCGCUGGAAUAUUUAGAAGCUUCUAACGGUAACGUUAAACUUAUCCUAGCAGCGAGGAGAUUGGACAAACUACAAGAAAUUGAAGCGCAGAUCCUUAAGGAUUACCCAAAAGCGCAGGUUUUCAUCGGUACACUGGACGUAACGGAAACAGAUACAAUUCAACCCUUUAUAGACAAUCUUCCCCAGGACUUUAAGGACAUCGAUAUUCUUAUCAACAACGCCGGGAAGGCAUUGGGAUCGGACACUGUGGGGUCAAUCGAUACCAAAGAUAUUGCUGGUAUGAUGGACACGAACGUUUUGGGGUUGAUCAAUGUGACUCAAGCGGUACUGCCCAUUUUCAAAGCCAAGAAUGCUGGUGACAUCGUGAACCUAGGCUCGGUUGCUGGAAGGGAGGCUUAUCCGACGGGAGCCAUCUACUGUGCUACAAAGCAUGCUGUUAGAGCUUUCACGCAAAGUUUGCGCAAAGAAUUGGUAAACACCAACAUUAGGGUCAUAGAGGUUGCCCCUGGUAAUGUUCAAACUGAAUUUUCACUGGUCAGGUAUAAAGGCGACUCGGAUCGUGCAAGCAAAGUUUAUCAAGGUACUGAACCACUAUACGCUGACGACAUUGCAGACUUGAUCGUAUACUCGACCUCUAGAAAGCAAAAUACUGUUAUUGCCGAUGUUUUAGUUUUUGCGUCCAACCAGGCUUCCCCCUACCAUAUAUACCGUCAAGAGUAG